AUGUGAGACGGGUUGUACAAGACACGAGAUGAAGAAUCAGGAUCAUCAUUCUGCUGUUUACAAUCGAUCUCUUGCAGUGACAUUAGCACACUAUGCCUCUGCAGUUUAUCUGUCAGAUUUAAUGGGACUAUUUACUUGGACAUGUUCUAGAUGCAAAGAGACAAAGGGGUUCGAAAUGAUAGAGCUAAUCGUUGAUGUUAAACAUUGCUUGCAGGCAUUUGUUGGUUUUGCAAAGAGUUUAAAUGCAGUUAUCAUUGCAUUCAGAGGAACUCAAUUAAGAAGCAUACAGAAUUGGAUCACAGAUCUAGACUGGUGUCUGUCUGAUAUAAAUUACCAAGACACGCCUGAAGCAAAGGUGCACCGUGGAUUUUAUUCAGCUUACCAUGACACAACCAUACGCCCUGCUGUUGUAAAUGCAGUCAGGAAAGCUAAUGAACUGUAUGGAGAAAACAUUAAUGUUUUCGUCACUGGGCAUUCAAUGGGAGGAGCAAUGGCUUCAUUUUGUGCACUGGAUCUCGAGAUGACAGGUAAAGCUAAGAAUAUUAAAGUUUAUACAUAUGGAAUGCCUCGAAUUGGAAAUGGCGAAUUCGCAACAUUCUACACCCAACAUGUUCCCGACACAAUAAGGGUAACAAGCGAACGUGACAUUGUGCCUCAUUUACCUCCAAAUUUCCCUUAUUUAGAUUAUCAAGUGACAUAUCGUCACUUCCCAAGAGAGGUAUGGAUUCGUACAGUUGUAAACGGUUGUUUAGUUAACAUUAUCGAGGUUGUUUGUAACGGAUCUGGUGAAGACCCUUGUUGCAGUAGAUCGUUGGACUUCUACAGUAUAUUCGACCACAUGUACUAUUAUGGACUUAAUAUGGCAGAUCACUCUCCUAACAUAUGUUACAUCGUGAUUGAUCCUCGUUUGGAUAAUUUUACAACAAGUGACGAUAAUGGAAAUUUCAUCUUUUCUAGAACCCCUUCCAAUUUGGAUUAUUUGAAAUUGGAGGGAGGAGGAUCUUAACUACCUUAACUAUAUAAUCUUACAAAACAAUUACUUAUAUAACAUUUGGAUAUACUUAUAUAUAUGUUUGAAAUAAUUAUAUAAUUUGUUGAUUUGCUUCUAUA